AUGGAUAUAAGCCACAACAACUUGUAUGGAGAAAUCUCACACAACUGGGGACAAUGCCCAAAGCUAAAAACCAUACUAAUGGCAGGAAACAACCUUUCUGGUAGCACACCACCUGAGAUAGGCAACGCAACCCAAAUUCAUGUGAUGGACCUUUCUUCAAAUCAUUUAGUGGUUGAGACAGAUGCGAAAAUUGCCAUUAACGACCUCGUCUCUGGCAAUGAGGCUUUUGGGGUUGCUGGGAGGAUUAUCAACGACAUCCACAUUGUAACAUCGAUAUCCAAUGUUUAA